AUGUGCCCCCAGCGCACGGUCAACGGCACUGAAGACUGUCUCUACUUGGGUCUAUUUUCACGGCCGUGGGGCCUAGCCAAGGAUACUAGCAGACCAGUGCUAGUCGUAUUCUAUGGCGGAGCGUUCGUCCAAGGCAGCGCGACAUUCGCAAUGCCGCCAUCGUCAUUCCCGGUCCUCAAUGUCAGCAAUAUUAACGACUACGUUGUUAUCUACUCCAACUACCGCGUCAAUGCCUUCGGCUUCCUACCAGGCAAGGCAAUCAAAGACUCACCCACCUCAGAUCUAAACCCGGGGCUAUUGGACCAGCAAUAUGUCUUGAAAUGGGUCCAGAAACACAUCCACCAUUUCGGUGGCAACCCUCACAACGUAACAAUAUGGGGCCAGUCAGCCGGUGCAGGCUCAGUAGCCGCGCAAGUCCUCGCAAAUGGCCGCCAUGGCCAACCGAAACUUUUCUCCAAAGCCCUUGCCAGCUCGCCCUUCUGGCCAAAGACGUAUAAAUACAACGCACCCGAAGCAGAAGAAAUCUACUCCCAGCUGGCGAGCCUGACAGGCUGUGCCAGCCGCCACGCUGGUAAGACACUCGCCUGUCUCAAAUCCGUGGACGUCCAGAAAAUCCGUGAUGCAAGCCUGAUCAUUGGUGCAAGCAACACCUGGACAACGAGCUCUUACACCUGGGCGCCUGUGAUAGACGGAACCUUCCUCGUUGAGACACUCACAGACACCGUGAACAGGCGCUCCCUGAACACAGAGUUUGUGUGGGGAAUGUACAAUAGCCAUGAGGGCGAAAACUUUGUUCCAUCGGGCCUUGACAGUCCCAUUUUGCUAAAUGGAUUUAAUUCCUCUGCUGCGAGCUUCCACCAGUGGCUUUCCGGUUUCGUGCCUGGGUUAUCGGGCAAGCAGAUUGGUGAGGUGGAAACUCUUUAUCCCGCUGAAGGGAGCACAGAGACGAUCGACAGCUAUAAUACUUCCUAUGUCCGGGCUGGCUUGGUUUAUCGGGAUGUUGUGCUUGCUUGUCCGGCUUAUUGGAUUUCGUCGGCCGCGACGGAGAGAGGAUAUCUCGGAGAGUAUACGAUUUCCCCGGCGAAGCAUGCGAGUGAUACUAUUUAUGUUUGUUCUUCCAAUUCAUUGUUGCUCCUCCUUCUGGGGAGUUUCCUGAUUUCAGUGGCAUAG